GGUUGGCCUUUGCUAUUCUCUCAUCUGUGCACCCAGUGUUCGGUUUAUAUGGCUCUCUAUUUCCUGUCAUCAUUUACGCCAUAUUUGGAAUGGGACGUCAUGUUGCCACAGGUACUUUUGCCUUGACAUCCUUAAUAUCAGCCAAUGCAGUGGAACGGCUUGUCCCUUCAAGUAACAAGAACCUCACCACACAGAGUAACACAAGCAUGCUGGGCUUAUCUGAUUUUGAGAUGCAAAGGAUUGGUAUUGCUGCAGCCAUUUCCUUCUUGGGAGGUGUGAUUCAGGUGGCCAUCUUUGUGCUACAACUGGGCAGUGCUACAUUCCUGCUUACAGAGCCUGUGAUCAGUGCGAUGACAACUGGGGCUGCCACCCACGUUGUGACCUCACAAGUCAAGUAUCUCUUGGGAAUUAAAAUGCCCUAUAUAUCUGGACCACUUGGAUUCUUUUACAUCUAUGCAUAUGUCUUUGAAAACAUAAAGUCCGUUCAACUGGAAGCACUGCUCAUAUCCUUGCUGAGCAUUGUGAUGCUUGUUCUGGUUAAAGAGAUGAAUGAAAAAUUUAAAAGGAAAAUUAAAGUUGUUCUUCCUGUUGAUUUAGUUUUGAUUAUUGCUGCAUCACUUGCUUGCUAUUGUACCAACAUGGAAAACACGUAUGGAUUAGAAGUAGUUGGUCAUAUUCCAAAAGGAAUUCCUCCACCUAAAGCUCCCUCAAUGAAUGUCCUUUCUGCAGUAAUCACAGAAGCUUUUGGAGUGGCACUUGUAGGCUACGCGGCCUCACUGGCUCUUGCUCAAGGAUCUGCCAAAAAAUUCAAAUAUUCAAUUGAUGACAACCAGGAAUUUUUGGCUCAUGGUCUCAGCAAUGUGAUUUCUUCAUUUUUCUUCUGCAUACCAAGUGCUGCUGCCAUGGGAAGGACCGCUGGCCUAUACAGCACAGGAGCAAGAACACAGGUGGCUUGUCUAAUAUCUUGCAUUUUCAUCCUGACAGUCAUUUAUGCAAUAGGACCUUUGCUUUACUGGCUGCCCAUGUGUGUUCUUGCAAGUAUUAUUGUCGUGGGACUGAAGGGAAUGCUAAUACAGUUUCGGGAUUUAAAAAAAUAUUGGAAUGUGGAUAAAAUCAAUUGGGGCAUAUGGGUCAGUACAUAUGUAUUUACAAUAUGUUUUGCUGCCAAUGUGGGACUGCUGUUUGGUGUUCUCUGUACCAUAGCUAUUGUGAUUGGUCGCUUCCAAAGAACAAAGACCCUGAGUAUGAAAAACCUGAAAGAAAUGGAAUGUAAAGUGAAGACAGAAGUGGAUGGUGAAAGCCUGCAGCUGGUGAAAAUUAUCUCAAUGAACAACCCCCUUGUUUUUCUGAAUGCAAAAAACUUUCAUACUGAUCUAAUGAACAUAAUCCAAAAAGAAAAUGGCAGCAACCAGUCAACUGAUAAUAUCAACAAGUAUGAAAAAAACACAUUGCUCAAUUCUCUGUCCAAUGAUAAUUGCAAUGAAGUUUCACAGGCCUGCCCAAAUGAAAAAUGCUCUUUAAUCCUGGAUUGCAGUGGAUUGACCUUUUUUGACUAUUCUGGAAUCUCCAUGCUUGUUGAGGUUUACAUGGACUGUAAGAGCAGGGGUGUGGAUGUAUCAUUAGCCCAUUGCACAGCUUCUUUGAUAAAAGCAAUGAAGUACUGUGGAAACCUAGACUCAGAGAAACCAAUUUUUUUUGACUCAGUAUCUGCUGCAAUAAGUAACAUCCAUUCAAAUAAGAAUUUGAGCAAACUCAAUGACCAGAGUGAAGUCUGAGACCCUUUUGCUGCAGCACAACUCUUGUUUUUAGCAACUGCUCUGAAGA